UCCAGGGAGAGCGGAUAUAGUGAAUGCGGGGUCUGGGGAGAGCGGAUAUAGUGAAUGCGGGGUCCGGGGAGAGUGGAUAUAGUGAAUGCGGGGUUCGGGGGGAGACCGGAUAUAGUGAAUGCGGGGUCUGGGGAGAGUGGAUAUAGUGAAUGCGGGGUCGGGGGAGAACGGAUAUAGUAAAUGCGGGGUCCGGGGAGAGCGGAUAUAGUGAAUGCGGGGUCCGGGGAGAGUGAUGGAUAUAGUGAGGAUAUAGUGAAUGCAGGGUCUGGGG